AUGAAUAGUAAAGAAAUUAGAAUUGUUGCGUUAUUAAUACUUGAUUCAGUAUUUUUUUUACUUGAAGCCAUUAUUGGUUAUACUGUUCAUUCAUUAGCAUUAAUUGCUGAUUCAUUUCAUAUGUUAAAUGAUAUUAUUUCAUUAAUUAUUGCCUUAUGGGCUGUUAGAGUUAAAAAUACUAAACCAGCAGAUGGGAAAUAUACUUAUGGUUGGCAAAGAGCAGAAAUUUUGGGGGCAUUAAUUAAUGCUGUAUUUUUAUUAGCUUUAUGUUUUACAAUUAUAAUGGAUUCUAUACAAAGAUUUUUUGAACCACAAGAAAUAUCUAAUCCUAAAUUAAUUUUAAUAGUGGGGAUUGCAGGAUUAAUUAGUAAUGGAGUAGGAUUAGUUUUAUUCCAUGAACAUGGUCAUUCUCAUUCUCAUGGAACUAAUCAUUCUGGUGAUUCUAAUUCUAAUUCUAAUUCUACAUCUCAUUCUCAUUCUCAUGGUGAAGUUGCUACUACUUUUACACAAGGUGAUGAAGAAGAACAUAUUGGUACUGGUAGCGGUGAUGAAAAUGAACAUACACCAUUAUUAUAUAAUAUUACUCAUACAACUAUGAAAUCAACUCCAUCAGAAGUAUUUGAUUAUUUACCAGAUAAUGUAGUUGAAAGAUAUUCUAAUUAUCAAUCAUCUUUUGUUGGACAACAACAACAACAACAACAACAACAAGAACAAACUCCAACAAACAUUGAAAAUGGACAAUCAUUAUUAAAUGGCAAUUCAACUACAACUAAUUAUUCUGCUUCUGCUUCUUCUUCUUCUGAUAAUACUAAUAAUACUAAUAAUACUAUGGUUAAUAAUACAUCAGAACCAACAAGAAACAAAUCUCAAUCGAAAUUACAAAAAUUUAAACAAAAAUCAAUGAAUAUGGAAGGAGUUUUUUUACAUGUAUUAGGAGAUGCUUUAGGUAAUAUUGGAGUUAUAAUUACAGCAUUAAUAAUUUGGAAAACUAAUUAUUCUUGGAGAUUUUUAUCUGAUCCAAUAACUUCAUUAUUUAUUACUUUAAUUAUUUUAAAUUCUGCUUUACCUUUAGUUGGUAAAGCUCUGAGAAUUUUAUUACAAAGUGCUCCACCUUAUAUUGAUUCAAAUUUAAUUGUUAAUCAAAUUAAACAAUUACCAUUAAUUAAAAAUAUUCAUGAUUUUCAUGUAUGGAAUUUAAAUGAAGAUAUUUUAAUUGCUAGUUUACAUAUUGAAUUAAAUCCAAAUUGUGAAGUCAAUUUACCAUUAAAAAAUGGUAGUAGUGAUAAUAAUAAUAAUAAUAAUAAUAAUAACAAUAGCAAUAAUGAUAAUAAUAAUAAUAUCCAAACUGAUUCACCAUCAGAAUCAAUAGUUGAAAAUGAUCAAGAUUUAGAAAUUCCUUCACAAAUUGAUAGGAAAUUAUUUUUAGCAGCUGUUAGUCAAGUUAGAGAAGUUUUACAUAUUUAUGGUAUUAAUUCAGUUACUAUUCAACCUGAAUUUCUGAAUAGUAAAAAAAUUUGUCGUCUGAUUUUUUGA